AUGGUGGUACCCCCACCGUUCUUGCUGCCCCAUGGCACCACCACACUAGCCUUCCGCUGCAGCCAUGGGGUGGUGGUGGCUGCUGAUACCCGCUCCUCCUGCGGCAGCCUUGUGUCCGAUCCGUCCUCCCGCAAGGUCAUCACGCUCCAUCGCCACCUCUUGGCAACCACAUCUGGAACCUCAGCUGACUGUGCUACCUGGCUCCGUCUCCUUCGUUCUUCCUUGCGCCUGAGGCAUCUGAAUGAGGGACGGCAGCCCAGUGUCGCAGGUGCAGCCAAGCUGCUGGCCCUUCUGUUACGAGGAUGCCACAGCAAAGAUCUGUGCGUGGCCACCCUGCUGUGUGGUUGGGACCACAAAGGACCCGGCUUGUAUUACGUCUACAGUGAUGGUACGUGUCUUUCUGGGGAUAUUUUCUCUGUCGGCUCUGGCUCCCCCUAUGCCUACGGCGCGAUGGAUGGUAGCUACUCCUACGAUAUGCCGUGCGAUGAGGCCUUCCUGCUAGCCCGCGAGGCUGUGGCUCACGCUGCCCACCGAGAUGCCUAUUCCGGAGGCAAUGUGGAUCUGUACCAUGUCCGGCCCAGCGGCUGGGUCUGUAUCUCACGGGAAGAUCUGGGCAAUGUUUACCGAGGCUUAAGGCCAAUGGUAGAAGACAUCGUGGAUGAUGAAGAAAACCAGCAAGGGGAGACCAGUGUGGAUUAA